UCUUUACAACUUCUUUUGUCUCUCAAAAAAUUCAUCUAUUUGUUUUUCAAGAAUCUAGCUCUAUAGAAAUUACAACAACAAUAUAAUGAUGAUUGAUGAAAAUAUAUUGAUGAAAGUAGGUCUCUUUGUUUUAGUCCAAGGUUUGGUUUAUUUAAUUCUAUCAAAAUCUUCCAACAUAUUCUCCAAGACACAAAGAUCAUACAGCUUCAAAACAGUUCGUUCUUUAAGCAUUCGCAGGAUAGCCGCCGCACUCGCCGACUUACCUGUCGGCGGUGAGCCAUCUCCCUCUUCCUUCAAUGACUUGACCUCUUCUAAGUCGUUCAAGUUAUUCAAAGAAGUACUCGAUAGAGAUCACAAGGCAUAGAUUUUUAUAUUUUGUUUUCCUUUCGUUAGCUUUUAUUUUAUUUUAUUCUUUGAUUUUUGUUCAUGGAUAGUUAAAUCAAUUUUGUUGGUGAGAAUUUGGGAUAAUAUUCUCAUUUUAAUUCUUGUAAAUUAUAAGUUGGUUGGUUAUUGCAAGAAUUUAAACUCCGUGUUUCGAUUA